AUGGGUUCUAGUCCAUCACGUGAAUAUGUACCUGCCGCACCGAAUACCGCGUCUCUUUCUACAGGCUCCUCUAAUGCCGUUGUCCCGGAUCUUAUUACCACUCUGUACUCGAACCUGAUACUCGGCAUAUCUCCUUUUGAUACAAAAGAGUUCUCCCGAGUGCUUGUCGAGCGAAGUGCUGGAGCAGAGGCCCGAUUUACGGAUGAGCCAUACGACGAGACUGCGGGGGCCAAGAUAUCAGUCUUAGGCUUCCAAACGCUACAUGGCGGGCCAAGUCACUGCCACUGGGCAGGUGUGGCUGGCUUCAUUGCCAUUGCAACAGUAAACUCGACGCAUGGGAGUAACGUACGUGAGCAAGUCCAAUCACUAGAUUUUAAAGAAGAUGAUGGAUCUGGCGCCGGUGGUUACGGCAAAGAGAUGUCGAAAGAAUUCAUCGAGGGCGAAAAGAAAUUAUUUAUGGAACGAUGCCGCGAGGUUGAUAUUGUAAUUUGCACUGCACGGAUCCCAGGUCGCCCUGCUCUUGUAGAUGUAGAUACAGAAUUGAUCUGGUGGGUUCAAGAAUGGAAUGUGUUUUUGAACUUGAUUUGUGUCCGGUCUAUGAUGGAAUCGAGAAUGUUGGAUGAAAUGGGGAUAGAAGUUUGGUGCAAGUGA